AUGGCCUCGCCGCUGCUGGCGGCGCGACUGCUCGUGCUCUGCCUUCUCUGCGGCGGCGCCUGCGCAGCGGCGAAGCGGCGAUACCUCUCCGUCAGCAUGGACGAACUGCUCGGGGGCAGCUCCAAGAAGGCUCACGUCGACUGCCCUCCCUGGAACAAGUCAGCACCGUCGCCCCACCGCCCUCGAGGAAUUCCGAUUUCAUAUCCUCCAACAAUACCGCCAGCCGAGGCGCCAGCCGUGACGAUCCCGGACAGCACCGGGACGUCCCUCGGCACUCUGGAGUUCGUCGUCACCGUCGGCUUCGGCACGCCGGCCCAGACGUACACGCUGAUGUUCGACACCGGCAGCGACGUCUCAUGGAUCCAGUGCCUACCGUGCUCCGGGCACUGCUACAAGCAGCACGACCCUAUCUUCGACCCGACCAAGUCCGCCACCUACUCCGCCGUCCCCUGCGGCCACCCGCAGUGCGCGGCCGCCGGCGGGAAGUGCAGCAGCAACGGCACCUGCCUCUACAAGGUCCAGUACGGCGACGGCUCGUCCACCGCCGGGGUCCUGUCCCACGAGACGCUGUCGCUCACCUCCGCGCGGGCGCUCCCCGGGUUCGCCUUCGGAUGCGGCGAGACAAAUCUCGGCGACUUCGGCGACGUCGAUGGGCUGAUCGGCCUCGGACGCGGCCAGCUGUCGCUGUCCUCGCAAGCCGCCGCGUCGUUCGGCGCCGCCUUCUCGUACUGCCUGCCGUCGUACAACACCUCGCAUGGAUACCUCACCAUCGGCACCACCACUCCGGCCUCCGGCUCCGACGGCGUGCGCUACACGGCGAUGAUACAGAAGCAAGACUACCCGUCCUUCUACUUCGUGGAUCUCGUCUCCAUCGUCGUCGGCGGCUUCGUCCUGCCCGUGCCACCAAUACUGUUCACACGCGACGGCACGCUCCUCGACUCCGGCACCGUCCUCACCUACCUCCCGCCGGAGGCGUACACUGCGCUCCGCGACAGGUUCAAGUUCACCAUGACGCAGUACAAGCCGGCGCCGGCGUACGACCCCUUCGACACGUGCUACGACUUCGCGGGCCAGAACGCCAUCUUCAUGCCGUUGGUGUCUUUCAAGUUCAGCGACGGCUCCUCGUUCGACCUCAGCCCCUUCGGGGUCCUGAUAUUCCCUGACGACACGGCGCCCGCCACCGGCUGCCUCGCCUUCGUGCCGAGACCUUCCACGAUGCCGUUCACCAUCGUCGGCAACACGCAGCAGCGGAACACCGAGAUGAUCUACGACGUUGCCGCGGAGAAGAUCGGAUUUGUGUCGGGCAGUUGCUGA